AUGUCGUCCAAGCCCAUCCGUGAGUUUGAUGCCAAGCUCCUGAUUAAUUACUGGCUGCCCCGUGCGCCCGACGCGCACCCCAACGCUGUGGCCUCCACGUCAUUCGUGGCGCCCACAGCACGUGUCGCGCAGGUCGCCUGGGACGCCAGUACGAAUACGCUGACGGAUGAGGCGGGCCUGCCGGGGUGGGUGCAUAGCACCAAGCUCGUCGCCAAGCCCGACCAGCUUAUCAAGCGCCGCGGCAAGGCCGGUUUGCUGAAGCUCAAUGCGGACUGGAGCGAUGCCAAGGCGUGGAUUGCGGAGCGUGCAGGCAAGCCGCAAAAGGUCGAGGCGGUGACGGGCACGCUGAACAACUUCAUUGUCGAGCCCUUCUGCCCCCACGAGGCCGACCAAGAGUUUUACGUGUGCAUCAACUCGGCGCGCGAAGGCGACUACGUCCUCUUUACGCACGAGGGCGGUGUCGACGUCGGCGACGUAGACGCCAAGGCCAAGAAGCUGCUUAUCCCUGCGGAUCCAGACGAGCCAUUCCCGGCGCGCGACGAGUGGACCAAGGUGCUCCUCGCCGACGUGAAGGACGAAAGCAAGAAGGAGGCGCUCACCGACUUCCUCGUCCGCCUGUACAGCGUGUACGUCGACCUGCACUUUGCCUACCUCGAGAUCAACCCGCUGGUGAUGACCGACGAUAAGAGCAUCUACUACCUGGACAUGGCCGCCAAGCUCGACCAGACGGCCGACUUCAUCUGCGGCCCCAAGUGGGCCAUCGCCCGCGAGCCGAGCGUGUACGGCGAGCAAAAGACUAACGCCGCGAGUCAGGGCGAGGACCGUGGCCCGCCGAUGGUGUGGCCGGCGCCGUUCGGCCGCGACCUGACGCCGGAGGAGGCGUACAUUGCCAAGCUCGAUUCCGGCACCGGUGCCUCGCUCAAGCUCACCGUGCUGAACGCCGCCGGCCGGAUCUGGACCAUGGUGGCCGGUGGUGGUGCGUCGGUCGUGUACAGUGAUGCGAUCGCCGCGCACGGCUUUGCGCACGAGCUCGCAAACUACGGUGAAUACUCGGGUGCGCCGACCGAGACGCAGACCUUUGAGUACGCCAAGACGCUUCUGGACCUCAUGACGCGCGGCGAGCCGCACCCCGAGGGCAAGCUGCUGAUCAUUGGCGGUGGUAUCGCCAACUUUACGAAUGUCGCGUCGACGUUCAAGGGCAUUAUCCGCGCGCUGCAGCUGUACAAGGCCGCACUCGCGCAGCACAAUGUGCGCAUCUUUGUGCGCCGCGGCGGCCCCAACUACCAGGAGGGUCUGCGUGCGAUGCGCCUGCUCGGCGAGGAGCUCGGUGUGGAGAUCCACGUCUUUGGCCCCGAGACGCACAUCACCGACAUUGUCCCGCUCGCGCUCGGCGUCAAGUCGGAGAAGGACAUUGAGCUGAGCCACGAGGCGCUCCCCGCGCUGAAGCCGACUGCCGCCGCCGCAGCCGCCGCCCAGAAAGAGGCCGACGUCGAGACGCAGGACCGCGUCGGUGCGGUGAACCCCCACACCGGCGAGCGCAUCCAGCCGCAGGACCAGAUUGUGCAGUUUGACACGCUGAACCUCUCGGACAAGCGCCCGGCCUACCUUCCGUUUGACGAAAACACUCGCUCGCUCAUCUACGGUCUGCAGCCCCGUGCGAUCCAGGGCAUGCUCGACUUUGACUUUUCGUGCGGCCGCAAGACGCCGUCGGUCGCGGCAAUGGUCUACCCCUUUGGUGGCCACCACAUCCAAAAGUUCUACUGGGGUACGAAGGAGACGCUCCUGCCGGUGUACACGAGCAUCGAGGAGGCUGCCGAGAAGCACCCCGAUGCGGACGCCAUUGUGAACUUUGCCUCGAGCCGCUCGGUGUACUCCUCCACGCUCGAGGUGCUCAAGCUGCCGCAGAUCCGGGCGCUUGCACUGAUCGCCGAGGGUGUGCCCGAGCGCCACGCGCGCGAGAUUCUGUGGCGCGCCAAGCGUGCCAACGUCCUGAUCAUUGGCCCUGCGACGGUCGGUGGUAUCAAACCCGGCUGCUUCCGCAUUGGUAACUCGGGUGGUAUGAUGGACAACAUUGUCUCCUCGAAGCUGUACCGCCCCGGCUCGGUGGGCUACGUGUCCAAGUCGGGCGGCAUGUCGAACGAGCUGAACAACAUCUUGUCCAUCACGACCAACGGCACGUACGAGGGCAUUGCGAUCGGUGGUGAUCGCUACCCCGCGACGACCUUUAUCGACCACCUGCUGCGCUACGAGCAGGACCCCAAGUGCAAGUUCCUCGUGCUCCUGGGUGAGGUCGGCGGUGUGGAAGAGUACCGCGUGAUCCAGGCGGUGAAGGACAAGAAGAUCACGAAGCCGAUUGUCGCCUGGGCGAUUGGUACCUGCGCCAAGAUGUUUACCACCGAGGUGCAGUUCGGCCACGCGGGCUCCAUGGCCAACAGCGAGAUGGAGACCGCAAGCGCGAAGAACGCGGCGAUGCGUGCGGCCGGCUUUAUCGUGCCCGACACGUUCGAGGACCUCCCGGUGGUCCUGCGCCAGACGUAUGAGCGCCUGGUCGGCGACGGGACGAUCGUGCCCAAGGCCGAGCGCCCACCGCCUGCGAUCCCGAUCGACUACAAGUGGGCGCAGGAGCUGGGUAUGGUGCGCAAGCCCGCGGCCUUUAUCUCGACCAUCUCGGACGAGCGCGGCGCGGAGCUGAUGUACUCGGGUGUGAAGAUCUCGGACGUGUUUGGCUCGGACAUGGGCAUCGGUGGUGUGGUGUCGCUGCUGUGGUUCAAGCGCCCCCUGCCCCCGGUGUGCACCAAGUUUAUCGAGAUGGCGCUCAUGCUCACUGCCGACCACGGUCCGGCGGUGAGUGGCGCGAUGAACACCAUCAUCACGUCGCGUGCGGGCAAGGACCUGAUCAGCUCGCUGGUCUCGGGUCUCUUGACGAUCGGCGACCGCUUCGGUGGUGCGCUCGACAAUGCCGCGCGCGAGUUCUCCUCGGCGUACGACCGCGGCCUGACGCCGCGUGAGUUUGUCGACUCGAUGCGCAAGGCGAACAAGCUCAUCCCCGGUAUCGGCCACCGCAUCAAGAGCGUGUCGAACCCCGACUACCGCGUGCAGGUCGUCAAGGACUAUGUGCUCGAGAACUUUGAGUCGCACAAGAUGCUCGACUACGCCCUGGCCGUCGAGCGCGUCACGACUGCCAAGAAGGAGACGCUGAUCCUCAACGUCGACGGCUGCAUUGCCGUGUGCUUUGUGGAUCUCCUCCGCGACUCGGGCGCCUUUACGCGCGAAGAGGCCGACGAGUACGCCCAGAUCGGUGUGCUCAACGGCCUCUUUACGCUCGGCCGCACGAUCGGUUUCAUCGGCCACCACCUGGACCAGAAGCGUCUCAAGACGCCGCUGUACCGUCACCCCGCCGACGACUUCCACAUCGAGAUGGCGACGCCGACGCGUAUUGUGGGCAACCUGAACCCCUCGCAUCAGUAG